AACACUACCUGUAACUGUCCUCAACUAUCAAAGCACUAUAUAUACCUGUAUAUGGUUUAUGUUUGGUCAGCCAAUAUCCAGGUAUAGUGCCUAGGCAAGACGGCAGCCUAUGCCAAUUUAUCAUGAGAUGAGGUUGUUGAGAACGCCGUGGGUAAGAUGUCUGACUCUGUGUGUACUGGUAACAGUUGUUAUCACCUGUCUACUCGCAUUCCAACCAAUCAAAAGCCAGCGUGAUUGUGCUUGUCCAGAAAAGAAUGUUAUGGAUCUGAAACUGGAGAAAAUGGCAAUUGCAAGCCGCGUGGAAGACCUGCCAGAUAACCUGAGCUGGGGGCCGCAUCGGCUGGCCGUGAUCGUACCAUUCCGAGACAGAUUCGAACAGCUGCAGAAGUUUGUGCCAUACCUGCACAGAUUUCUGAAUGAGCAAAAAGUUCGGCACAUUAUCUAUAUCGUUAACCAGGUUGAUAACUACAGGUUCAACCGUGCGUCCCUCAUCAAUGUUGGUUUCCUGCAGAGCAAGCAGCUCUGUGACUACAUUGCAAUGCACGACGUUGAUCUCUUACCCCUGAAUGCGAAUCUGAGCUAUGCCUACCCCGAACGGGGUCCGUUUCACAUAGCGGCACCUGAUUUACACCCGAAAUAUCACUACAAGACUUUCGUCGGAGGAAUUCUGUUGGUGGCGAACAAACACUUUCAAAAACUGAACGGCAUGUCCAACAAGUUUUGGGGGUGGGGGAGAGAGGAUGAUGAAUUCUACCGAAGAAUUAUAGAUGCCAAGAUGAAUGUUAGCAGACCGGUCGGUAUCACGACGGGAACAAACGGCACAUUUCUGCACAUGCACAAGAAGGACGUUCGCUCGCGCGACAUGAUUCGUACCGUCGAGCAAAGACAGAACGAGAAACGAGACCGACGUACGGGCCUGGACACUGUUCAGUUCAACAUUGAAUCAAAGAUGCUGCUCCACAUAGAGGAAGCUCCCUGUCUUGUCAUCAACGUACAGCUGCACUGUGAUAUCAGCUUCACGCCGUGGUGUGACAUGCCUGAUCGCAUCAAAGGUUUGAUGAGCAUACGAAACCUUUCACCAGAAAAGCAGAGAACAUGGCUUCAGCAACAGCUAGACAACCUGGACAGUAUCAUACGUAUGAAAGAAAAGAUGGACGACACGUUAGAAAUAAAAGCAAAGAAGAUUAUGGAUACAUGACGUCAAAUGUAGCGCGCCGAUUAAGUUGUAUCUGGUAGCUUAUUUAUAUUUUAUGCAGCAAGAACAUACCAGUUGAUAUUAAAAUUAAUAUAUAUAUAUAUAUAUGCAGGUA